CUCCCCCAUUACAGGCUCCCAGGGGCCCCUUCUCCCCCAUUACAGGCUCCCAGGGGCCCCUUCUCCCCCAUUACAGGCUCCCAGGGGCCCCUUCUCCCCCAUUACAGGCUCCCAGGGGCCCCUUCUCCCCCAUUACAGGCUCCCAGGGGCCCCUUCUCCCCCAUUACAGGCUCCCAGGGGCCCCUUCUCCCCCAUUACUGGCUCAUAGUGGCCAUCCUCCCUCAGUCCAUACAUUAUAGACUCCCAGGAGCUGCUAUUCUCCAUCCAGCCCCACUCUCGCCCCUACCACAGUCCCCUAGGGCCCUGCUUCUCCUUUCUCAAAGGUUCCCCUAUCUUUUAAUCCCUGCACGCAGGGUCCUGUCACAAUCCCUGUAUCACAGGCUCCCCUUUGUUUUAAUCCCUGUAUCGCCGGCACUCGGGGCUCCCGUCGCAAUCCCUGUAUCGCCGGCACUCGGGGCCCCCGUCGCAAUCCCUGUAUCGCCGGCACGCUGGGCCCCCAUCGCAAUCCUUGUAUACCUGAAACACCCCAACAAAGAUUCACUAGGACACCUUCAGACAUUAACAACUUUUAAAGAAUCCAAAGCACCAAUCCCUCUCAUUGUUUUAUAUUCUUUAUAUCAUCUGGGUCUCUUCAAGGUCACUUAGUUAUCCCAGAACAUCCUAUUAUCUUUUUAUAUUCACUGGAUAUUUCACCCCUACCUAAAUCCUGCGUUCGGCUGGAUCCCCCCGUCUGCCAUCCUUAAUUUCUGCACGUAAUUGGGUAUUGGAGAUACCUCUUUUUGCAGCUUUGUGUUUUUACCCAUCUACUUUCUGUAUAAGCCCUAGGUUACAUCACACUCAUCACACAUCUGUUAUAUCUGACUCACAGCAUUUUCAAUGUCUGUAUAACCAGUAUUAAAGCCAAACAGUAUUUGGCUGGUGGUUUUUGUCAGGAACAAAUAUGCUGUAUCCUGGUGGGUAAUCUUUCUAAGUCUAAAUGGAGGCUCAGCCCCACACACCUAGAGUCCGUUCAGGGCCACGCAUUCCACACAGGCGAUCCAAAUCACAGAGAGACCGCCAGCGAGGACUGUCCCCUGCUAAUUCUUCUUCCUCUAGUCCUGAUACUGCACAUUGGCCACGCCCACCACGCAAGAAAAGGAGACGGCGGAAAGGAGGAGAAAGUACAUUGUUUCGAGAAGAAGAUCUGAUUGAUGGGUUUUGUAUCAGCAGUUAUGGCAGCCUGGAGGCCAUGCAGAGAGAUGUGUCACUGGAUUCUGCACCACGGGAGGAAGCGGCCAGGAAGCAUCCAACAACCAAGCGAAAGAGAAGCGAUGAGGCCAGCUCAGAUGAUCCUGGGGCCAGUGGUCUUGAGAAUAGAAUGUCAAUUCCAAUAAACCAAAAAAAACGUAGACGGUACAAGGAGCAGAGGCAGAGCUGUCCUGCUAUUGACAUGGAGAUUACGUGCGCUCAGAGAGGGGGACCUGCACAGUGUUCCGUGCAGGGUUGCCUAAGCUGCUGCCUGGAUACUGGAUAUAUUUGUGAUGCUGAGAGCAGCUGUGAUGAGCAGGUUCCCGGCGAUGACUUGGCGGUAUCAUUCACCGUGUCCACAAGCACAGCAUCUCCCCCUCUCUCUGGAGGUCGGCUCAAACUGUUGGUCCUAUCGCAGAUCUCUGGAUUGAGUAGAAGUUGCGAAAGAAGUCCGGAACAGGAAUGCGAAGCCAUUUUGCCCAAACCAUGCCAGUCUCCCGCUCCCCCCCGGAGAGCUCUCGGUACUCCAACUUCUGUGGUGCCCAGUGCAUCCCCAAAAGCCCAGCUUGCACCUAUUCCCACCACAUCAGCCCCAGAUCCAGGCCACAACAGUACUGGUCGGAGCAGUGUGUCGAAGCCGGUGUCUGCACCUCGCAUAUCUCAGCGUCCCACCACUCCAUCCCUUUCUCUGACAGGUCACAUGGUAACGCAUAAUUUCCCCUCUGCUCUACGCCCACCCUCGCAUCGUCACAUGGGCCUAUUUGCACCUUCUCCAGGUCUGCCUCCGCCCCCUCCCCUACUGCAGGUCACUGGACAUCCUUCAUCCACGGUCACUGCUGUCUUAUCUGAACAUGAUAUGAUGGCACAAGAUAUUGGUUCCCGCUUCCUGACAGCACCUGGAGCUGAUUUAAGUACAUCUCUCCGACCUAUGUACCAGUUCCACCACCACAACCAUCAACAUACCCACCAGCAUACCCACCAGCACUUCGCUCCAUAUCCCCACAACGUUGGCUCAGCUACAUUUGAGAAGUAUCCGGCUAAGAUAGAAAGUCUGUACAGACAGAAUUUUUUUCCACCAUAUUCACCAGUUAUCACUGCUCUUAGUCCUGUUCUACCUCCCAAUGUCUCAUUCGGAUCCCUUCAGGGGGCCUUUCAGCCCAAGAGCACAAGUUCAGAGCUGGCCUCACGGUGCUCUGUCCCUUCUGCUGUUGGCCACAAGAAUGCACAGCUUACAGACCAGUUCAAGCCGAGGAGGUCUGGGCGCUGGUGUGCGAUGCAUGUUCGUGUUGCAUAUAUGAUUUUGCGGCAUCAGGAGAGACUUAAGCUUGCACAUGGAACCCAUAAGUAUGAUUUCCGAGGUGAUCUUUUGUCCUGCCUACCACCAGGACUUGGUUCUUUACCCACCUCUCACGAGCUAGUGCGACCUUCCUCUCUCUUCACUGGCACCAUGUCGCACACACCGAAUCAAUAUCGGGUUACUCCUCCCACCGCAGCAUCUUUCCUGCCCCCGUCAGGAUCUGUGGACCCAUUCAAUCGGACGUCUGGAUUUUCUUCUUUGGCAUCUCUGACUAAUGGGGCAUUUGGUGGAUUGGGGGGCCCCUCUUAUAAUCCCUCCACCGUGUUUAAUCAGAAGGAAUCUCCCACAAUGCAUAGCUUCCCCAGCCCCCAUGACGCUUGGAAUCGGCUGCAUCGCACUCCUCCAUCCUUCCCCAUAGUUUGUCCUAAGCCAGGGGACAUGGAUGCACACAGUAGUGUUCUUAUUAAAGAGGAAAAGGAUAGAGAUCUCCUUUUUUCACGUCUGGGAACGCAUGCUUCACCUCUCACUUCGUCACAGCGUCUUCCUGGGGGAGAGGAGCGUGGCCCCAGCCGCACCAUCUCGCCAUAUGUCGGCAUAAGGCCAGGCAGCAGCUCUGAAAUAAAACCUCGUCUGACUCCAGACCAUCCCCCCAAGGUAAAGGUGAAAGAGGAACCGGAGGUCCUUACCUUUGAUGUGAGUCGUUCCACCAUCCCUGGGCUACACUUACCCCACACCUCACCCACACUGGAGAGGUUUCGAGGGGCUUUUCUUGGAGAUCAGUUCCCUCAUUCUUUGGAACCAUGGAGAGAUCUAUACCGCAGAGCAGACCCUGCUCCACUACGCCUUCCACCUGUACCACCACGCCUGUAUGAACAGAGGGAGGAGAGAGCCCACAUCCUGAGAGAGGACUUUGAGCGUGCCCGCGUGUAUGGGAUGCCUACUCAUGUCACUAUGCAGCCUGCGACCCCACCCAUGAUUGGCUCUCUCUACCCUCACCCAGGUGCCACUUUACUUAGAAAGACACCUCCCAUCAAUCUUCUGAGUGCACCACCUCCACUUAUAUCAACAUCACGACCUGGCUCCCCGCAUCGCAGGGACAUUUACAAGGAGAGGGACUCCAGAUAGAACUCCAACAAAUGCUGCCACCAUCUUCCCUUUACAAGGGGACAACUUGUGAAUAUUUAUAUAUUAUACCCCACCCCUGCAAUUUUGUACAUUUUUAUGGCAUAAUGUGAUUUUAGACAUUUUGUUCUGUCACUUGCUCCCCUCAGGUUUGAUCAUGGAAGACGUUCCGUUGACUUUUCCACCAAUAAAGUCUUUCCCUGA